GCCGUUUUCAACAACGUGGCGUCGCAGGACCUGGACAUCGACGUGCCGCUUUGCGUCGACAUGGCGCUGAACUGGCUGCUGAAUGUCUACGACAGUCAGCGCACCGGACAGCUACGCGUGCUCAGCUUCAAGGUGGGCCUGACGAUACUAUCAAAGGGCCACUUGGAGGACAAGUACCGGUAUCUGUUCCGGCUCAUUGCAGACCCGCAGCAAAAGGCCGACCAACGCAAGCUGGGGCUGCUGCUGCAUGACGUGCUGCAGGUGCCGCGCCAGCUGGGCGAAGUGGCCGCGUUUGGAGGCUCCAACAUCGAGCCCAGUGUGCGCAGCUGUUUAGUGAGCUUUGUAGGCGACCGCGACGACUUGGAAGCUGCGCAUUUCCUCGCCUGGCUCAAGCAGGAGCCGCAAUCGCUGGUGUGGCUGCCGGUGCUUCAUCGGAUCGCCGCAGGCGAAGCGGCCAAGCACCAGGCCAAGUGCAACUCCUGCAAGCAGUACCCGAUCGUGGGGCUGCGCUACCGCUGCCUCAAGUGCUUCAACUUCGACAUGUGCCAGAACUGCUUCUUCUCCGGCAAGCUGACGAAGGGGCACAAGCUGACGCAUCCGAUGCACGAGUACUGUGCGGCCACCACCUCCAUUGAAGAUAUGCGCGACUUUACCAAGGCGCUGAAGAACAAGUUUAAAAGCAAGCGCUACUUUGUGAAGCAUCCGCGCGUCGGUUAUUUGCCGGUGCGCUCCGUGCUGGAAGGGGAUGAGUUGGAGAGUCCGGUGGCUUCGCCUCAGCACAACGACAUGCAUUCCCGGCUGGAAAUUUACGCGUCCAGACUGGCCGAAGUCGAGCUAAGGGCGGCGUCUCCUGAGGACGAGCAUCGCUUGAUUGCGGAUUAUUGUCAUUCGCUUGAAGGGGCGCCCGCCAGCCCCGGCCAGUUGAUGUUGGUGAUUGACGAAGAACAACGGGCGGAGCUGCAGGAAAUGAUCCGGGAGCUGGAGGUGGAGAACCAGGCGCUGCGCUCCGAGUACGAGCAACUGCAGAGAGGCUCAGCGCUGCAACACCCGCUCCAACAGCCGCACCACGAUGUGCUGGCCGAGGCGCGGCUGCUGCGCCAGCACAAAGGGCGGCUGGAGGCCCGCAUGCAGAUCCUGGAGGAUCACAAUCGGCAGCUAGAGGCGCAGCUGCAGCGCCUCAAGCAGCUGCUGGCUGAAACGCCCACCUCCACCCUCCAAACUAGGAGUGUGACGGCGUCGCAGCUAAACCAAGACACCCCUGGUAGGGUCAACCAGCCGCCGCCUCCUUCGGAGAUGCGCUAGCCAUGUUGAAGAGUCCGGGCAGACAUAGAAUUCGACAUAUCCCGUCUUGAUCCGUAGCUAAGUUUACCUUAGGAAUAUUUACUCGAUAGAAUGUGGAUUUCCAGCAGUAUUAUGCAGAGCCUGCUAUGAGAAUCAGGGAUUUCGUUAGGUUAAGGGCUUCGCCGUGUGGUCCCCCCAUCCAUUGUAACGCAUUUAGGUUAGCGAGCAGGAGCUGGACCCGAACGGGUCUGUUUACGCAUAGUAACUCGGUCAUAUCUUUGGACACAUUUCACUAAUUUAAUGCGCUAAGUGUAUUUUGGAGCUGCCACUGGUCUGGUAAUAAACACUGACGUGGC